AUGGCCACCUACGGAAAAGUAAGUCCGUUUGAUGAAGCAGAAGAAACGUGGACCCAAUACACCGAACGGCUGGAACAAUAUUUCCUAGCAAAUAAAGUGACAGACGCCAAAAAGCAGCGGGCUAUAUUUCUCAGCGUGUGUGGCUCGAAAACAUACGCAUUAAUUCGAGAUUUACUACAGCCAAAGAAACCGGGUGAUACGGAGAUAAAAGAAAUUUUCAAAGAACUGGAAAAGCAUUUUAUUCCAACACCAAGCGUCAUUGUAGAGAGAUUUAAAUUCCAUAGCAGAAUUCGCCGUGUUGACGAAGGAAUUGCUAAGUAUGUGGCUGAAUUACGUCGAAUGACCGAGCAUUGCAAAUUUGGCACUUCCUUGGAUGAUAUGAUACGGGAUCGAUUAGUAUGUGGUAUCAACAACGAAAAGAUUCAAAGACGACUCUUAGCAGAACCUGAACUAACAUACAAGAAAGCAGUUGAACUUUCGUUAGCUAUGCAAUCGGCAUCAAAACACGUCGAAGAUUUGGGCGCCAAAGGAGUUUCUAUCGAAGACCCAAAUAAUAUAAAUCGUGUAAACAACCGUGAGGACAACCAGCAAUCAAGUCGCUCCGAAUGUUAUCGUUGUGGGGGAAAGCACGCAGCAAAUUCGUGUAAAUUUCGCGAGUUAAAAUGUUUUAACUGCGAUAAAAUCAGCCACAUUGCAAAGGUUUGUCGUAGCACAAGGCGAGGAACAAAGCAAGCAGAGUUGCCACAGCGACGCGAAACCGGAAGUCGAGGGAAACGUGAACAGGAUACAGAAGUAAAAAUGGUCAAUGCACAGGUGCCCAAGAGGAAGAAUAUUCGCUGUACAAUAUUCGAGAGAAAACAUAAGACAAAUCGAUUUCAACUGAUGUAG